AUGCAGAUUUCGCACCAGAGGAGUUACGCGGGAGUGGCUGCUCGCCAGCAAGGAGGCGGCGGCUGGAAGGGAAGGCGCGAGGCAGGAGUAGUGAACGUUCGUCACCCAGCACCUCAAGGGCAGAUGGGGGAGCGCAUCGUGAGAAAGCAGAAGAGCACCUGCGGGCAGAGAGGAUGGCUGCAAAGGAAUCAGGCGGAGAAGCAAGAAGGUGGCCCGAGAGAGAGAGAGAGAGAGAGAGAGAGAGAGAGAGAGAGAGAGAGAGAGAGAGAGAGAGAGAGAGAGAGAGAGAGAGAGAGAGAGGACGGACGGAGGACAGGCAGACGCAGACUCAGACCUAGCGACAAGGCUGGCAGCGUAGUCUAG